GCAGUCAAGCUAGGUCAAGCCCGGCCAAACCAAUUUCUACGGUGGCGAUGAUCGUUGCGCUGCUGGCUGCCAGUGUCAAUGCCUCCUUACUAGUGUUGUUGUGUACUUACUGUUGUACCGAUGGGGAGCUCUGAAAUCGAUUUUAGUAUUGAAUCAGUUCCGCUAUUUUCAUGCUCCUGCUUGCUUUAGUUGAUUUACAGCUACCACCUUAAUUAAGUGUUCUUUUAAGGUUGUUGAAAGACAAACCGUUCAGAUGCCGUGUUGCCUUUGAUUCGAGUGUGAAGGAAGAAAGAUGUUUCAUCCUGUUCGUGGUGGUACACGCGGUGGCGCCGAUCAGUUUAACUGGGAAGACGUCAAGGAAGAUAAGUACCGGGAAAACUAUCUGGGGCACUCUCUUCGGGCGCCGGUGGGACGAUGGCAGAAAGGCAAGGACCUGACGUGGUAUGCCAAGGAGAAGCAACAGGCUGCUUCAACAUCAAGACAAAAUGAGGUGGCAGCUGCCAAGAAAGCCGAAGAGGAAGCCAUGCUGGCAGCAUUGGGCUUCGCCACACCAGCAAAACCAACACAUCAGCCACUAACCAAAGCGGAGGUGACUGAGGCACUGCGCAGAGGUGAUGACAGCAGAGAUGAGGGAGAUGCUGACCGGGUCUCAGGCGUGGGCACCAAUGCAAGAGGUGACUUCUGUACUCGUGGAAAGCGGCCAGCGGAAGGUGUGGAGUUCAUUUCCCAUGCAGCCACUGCUCGGGAUAGUCGCCAGGCAGAGAAAGAAGAGAGCUCCAGCAAGAAGCACAAGUCUGAACACAAGAAGGAGAAGAAAUCCAAGAAACACAAGAAAGAAAAACAUAAGAAGAAACACAAGCACCAAAGCCGGCGGUCUCCCAGUUAAUGCCCAGCACUCACACGUAAGGAUAAUGUUACCAACUUUAUGCCACAGUGCCGAACACAUGGUUUGUGCUGUGUAGUUUUUCGUAUCUGCAAAUACUACUAAGGGGACAAUGGUGGUAUCUUUUGGGAUGCCACCGUCGCUGUCGUCUGAAAUGUACGAGGAAUAAAAGUGUUUGAACGACGUG